AUGAAAAUUGCAGAACCGCAAACGUACAGCAGAAUAAUUGCUUCUUCCACAGAUCGCAAAAGAAAGAGCAGUAUGUUUUGGUCACUUCUUACUUCUGUCUUUGCGAUAUGCGUCACUUUCUGCAGUGCCUCUGUCAUAUCUAACGCGACAAGGCAAGGAACUACGCACUGCCACUCUGAGGACCAGAGAGGAGAAAAAAAAUGCUAUGGUUACAUGUGCCUGGACUGGACGUUUGGUUCUGAUGAAAUGGCCUAUGCGCAGAGCUUUUACACUGAUACCCUGUUCGCUGUUGGAUCUUACGGUUCGUCAGAAAAUUUGGGAAAGUGUUACGAAUUCCAACCCACAGGGACACACUGGAAGUUCGUCUUUCAGGUAAUCAACCAGGGAACAGAUGUCCUCGAUGGAAGUUUUGACAUUCAAACGGGAGCAGGAGGAGUUGGGAUCUACAACGCUUGUACGAUGGAGACCCUUGACGGCGACCCCCCAAUGUUUUCUGAAGACCUAGGAGCCUUUGGAGAAAUUUGUGGUGGUAUUCAGUCAGUAGAAAGUUGCUCUUCAGCCCCAGCAUCGCUCCAGACAUUAUGUGAAAGGUCAUUCGAGUGGGGAGGCCGCGAUCUGGACGUUGUAGAUAUUAGGCGCGUCCAAUGCCCUUCUCACCUUUAUGAGAUCACUGGUCUUCGACUGACAACUGAUGAUUCGCCAUUUUCUGAAGAAUUGCGGCCCACGGGUAAAACGACAACUACAAUGGACUGUUGUAGACCUAGCGCUUCAUUCCCAUGCCUCGAGGACGGAAGCACUCGAAUGCCCUCAGCCGAUCCAAACUAUCCAUAUGUAUUGCGGUGCGGUCUAGAUGGUGCACGCGUUUCACGUGAUACGGAGAGAUGCAGUUAG